CUCGAAGCUGCCGUUUCCCUGAAGUGAAGAUGCCAGUGCCCUUACUGCCCGGCAGAUGCCAGGAAAAUCUGUGCCUGGGAAGGGCAGUCUGGCACCUGAAGUCCUGCUUGACCAGCCCUUCUCAGCAGCAGGAACUGGGUGGGAAGUCACUUUGUGCCAGAGACGGCCCCAGCAGUGCCAUCUGCCUCCCGGGCCGAGGGGACCCCAAGAUGCUCUGCCCAGGCCCUCCUCCGGGGAGCCCCCUGGGUCCAGCACCCUGGCACCCGGUCUGGUCCAGGCAAUGCCCAGGAGAGAAGUAGCAGUGCCUGGAGGAAUAGGCGCAGAAGCCGUCGCGUUCUCAGCCCUGGCUCUUUGUCUGCUGCUUUGUGAUGAAUGCGAGCACCCUAGAAGCAGAGAUUGUCUUAUGCACUAUGUGCUCCAUAAAUACUUGCUGAAUGAAUGGGAUUAUAGAGGAUGCCAUGGCAGGUGCUGUCUUUCAGCCGCAGCAAUUCUUCCGGGGCCAGGCUCCAUGCCAAGAGAAGCUUGGAGUGCAUUCAUUCCUUGCAAACCCACCCAGAGGAGGACCAGAGGUGAACCAGAGAAAGUGAUACUGAGCUGGAACCUGCCGCUGGUGCCUUCAGGCCCCUCCCUUUCCUGCCCUCUCCUAAGAGAAGCUGGAGCCCCCUUCCCAUCUCAGCUGGGGCCUCAGGACCCCGACUCUGCCCCAGGGGAGGCUAUACCGCCUGCUUCGGCCGCAGCGCCGCCGGCGCUGGCGGCGGAGGCGAGGACAACGACGCGUGGAAGACGCAGCGCUCGGGACGCAGCUGGAUGGCGCGCCCAGGGCCGGGGGACCCCCGCCCCGCCCCCCAAGCCGGGAGUCGCCGCGCAGGUCUGAGAAGUUCCGCAUGGGCCCGCCAGAGGGCGCCCGGGGGAGGGGGCGCGGGCGGGGCGGGAACCGGGGAGCCCGGCUAGGGCCGCUGCCGGUCGGUCCCGCCCCGCGGGGCUGCGACUGGGGUCCGAGGGUCGGAUGGGUGGCCAGGGAUUCCGGACUCAGGGGUGCCGGACGCUCAGUGGAGCCGGAUUCCGGGGGCUGAACCCUCCGGGCUUCGGAGUGGGGCGUUCUCAGGCACCGGGGCGGCUCGGAGGCCGUCCCCCGGGACCCUCCCCUCUGCCUCCCUUCCCCCCGCCGGCGCCCAGCCGGGAGGGCGCUGCCCCUGGGUCGCGAGUGGGGCGGGUCUCCGGGUCCUGGUCCUCCGCUGCCCCUGGCGGAGGAGAGGGCACUUGAGAAUCGGCGGG